CUCCUUCCCUCUCUCCUUCUAUUCUACCACGGACUCUUCGUAGUUGCCCCCUCCUCCCGCCCGCCAUGGCGUCCGCAUCAGUCGACGGCGCCCCCGUCUCCCAACAGGCCCAAGCGAAAGUGAACGGCAUCGUCCAACGAGACGCCGCCAAGGGGCGCGUGCCCAUCCACACCUUCGACCCCAAUUCCAGUCCCGAGUCCAAAGGUGCCGCCGCCGGCAAAGGAGAGGAUAAGCUUGGCCUCGAGAAUGCCGACGUGCAGACAGGCGCGAAAGAGCUUGCUGUGGACACGGGCACCGCGAACGCAAGUGUCCUCCCGACCAUCACUGUCGAAGACGUUGACCGGAGUCGAGCCGUCAACGGAAACGGAGUAGUCGCCAACGGUAACGGAGUCGCCGGACAGAAGGCAAACGGGGUUGCCUCACCAACAUCCCCGGCCUGGCCAGCAUCGCCCACUGAACCCGCUGACCCCGAAGCCCCUGGAGCAAUGCCAAACGGGCCUGCACCUGAGAUACCCGACUGGUACAAGCUCGGGUGGCGGGACGUUUCUGGAAUCGACAAGGCGCCCGCAGCGGCAGGAGACGAGGCCGACAAGGAAGUCUUGACCCUAUUCUUGAAGGAGCAAUUCUAUGGCGAGUGGUAUCACAAUGCAGCACUUAUCGUCGCAACCGUCAUCGUGACCCAUUUUCUAACUCGGUUCCACUUCGGCUGGGGUUGGCUUUUCAUCGUCCUCGCCUUCUGCAACACAUACUAUGCAACUUCCAUGAAGCGCGUCCGGGCGCGUGCCCGCGAUGAUAUCCAACGCGAGCUCGUCAAAACCCGUUUCAGCACUGAUACCGGAAUCGAGUCUGCGGAGUGGAUCAACAACUUCCUCGACCGCUUCUGGCUCAUCUAUGAACCCGUUCUUUCUCGCACUGUCGUCGCCUCCGUCGACCAAAUUCUAUCCACGAACUGCCCUCCUUUCCUGGAUUCGCUUCGCCUGAGCACCUUCACGCUCGGUACCAAAGCGCCCCGCAUCGACCGCGUGAAGACCUACGGACGCACCGAGGACGAUGUUGUAGUCAUGGAAUGGUGGUUCUCUUUCACGCCAAACGACACCUCUGAGUUGACGGAGAAGCAGAAGCUUAACCGAGUCAACCCAAAGAUCAUCCUCAGCGUGCGCGUCGGCAAGGGCCUCGCGAGCGCAGCGAUGCCCAUCCUCCUCGAGGACAUGUCCUUCACCGGACACCUCAAGAUCCGCCUGAAGUUGAUGACCAACUUCCCCCAUGUGCAACUGGUGGACUUGUCGUUCAUGGAGAAGCCCGUGUUUGACUACUCCCUGAAGCCCCUCGGCGGAGAGACCUUUGGUUUCGACAUCGGAAAUGUCCCCGGUCUUUCUGCUUUCAUUCGCGAUACCGUCCACGGCGUCUUGGGCCCGAUGAUGUACGACCCGAAUGUCUUCACCCUGAACCUGGAGCAAAUGCUGUCCGGGGAGCCUAUCGAUACCGCUAUCGGUGUGUUGCAAAUCACCAUCCAGGGCGCCCGGGACCUCAAGAGCUCAAAGCUCGGCGGCAGUCGCCCUGACCCCUACGUCAGCCUCAGCAUCAAUGAGCGCGUCGAGCUCGCGAAGACCAAGUUCAAGCAUAACACGGCGAACCCCACGUGGAUGGAGACGAAGUUCCUCCUUGUGAACUCGCUCACAGAAAACCUCGUGCUCAAGCUGUGGGAUUACAAUGACCACCGCGCCAACACGGAUCUUGGGUUCGCGACGUUCGACCUCAGCAAGCUCGAGCAGGAUGCGACGCAGGAGAAUAUCGAAGUGCCCAUCUUGAAGGAUGGCAAGGAGCGCGGAACUCUGCGCUUCGAUGUCAACUUCUACCCCGUUCUCAAGCCGGAGGUUGAUGCUGGAGGGAAGGAGAUGCUUCCCGACUCGAAGGUCGGCAUUGUGCGCCUCACCGUGCACCAGGCGAAGGACCUCGAUUCGACGAAGUCGCUGUCGGGCGACCUGAACCCCUUCGUGAAGCUGUUCACGGGCUCGAGCAAGCAGGCGUUCCACGCGACGCGCAAGCUCAAGCACACGAACAACCCCGUCUGGGAGGACAGUACCGAGUUCCUGUGCACGGACCGCGCGUCGAGUGUGCUGGUCGCGAAGGUCAUCGACGACCGCGACUUCCUCAAGGACCCCGUUGUGGGUUACAUGAGCGUGCGCCUCGCGGACCUGCUCAAUGCGAAGGCGACCGGGAAGGACUGGUGGCGACUCAGCGGCGCGCGCUCGGGCAAGUUGAGGAUCACCGCGGACUGGAAGCCCCUGAACAUGGCAGGCAGUCUGCAUGGCGCCGACCAGUACGUGCCGCCAAUCGGCGUGGUGCGGCUGUGGCUGCAGCGCGCGACGGAAGUGAAGAACGUAGAAGCGACGUUGGGAGGCAAGAGCGAUCCGUACGUCCGCGUGCAGAUCAACAACGUUACGCAAGGACGCACGGAAGUUGUCAACAACAACUUGAACCCGGAAUGGGACCAAAUCAUAUACAUUCCUGUGCAUUCCCUGAAAGAAACGAUGUUGCUCGAGGCGAUGGACUACCAGCACCUCACAAAGGACCGCUCGCUCGGGUACACGGAGCUGAAGGUGUCCGACCUCGCGAAGGCGAACGCGGCGGAGACGGGCGAGUUCCUGUACGAGUCCACCGGCAAGCGCGAGGCGCAGGAGCCGCUCAAGGUCGGCAACGGCGCGUUCAAGGGCCAGCUGCACUAUGUCGCGGAGUUCGUGCCCGCGUACGCCGUGCGCGGCAUCGGAUUCGACGCGCGUCCGAGCGAGCUCGAGCAGGCGGCGGAGCACGAUCAUGCGGCGGCUGCGUCCGAUGACGACGAGGGCGAGACUGUGCACGAUACGGACUCGGAGGAGGACGCGGCAGUACCCGAGGGCAUCACUGCUGCGAGCCCGGUCGACGAGAACGACCAGGGCCCGGCGGAGGGCGACAAGAGCCAUCGGAGGGUCACGUCGACGGACACGACGUUCAGCGCGACGUCGGCCAAGUCCCCGAUCGAUGCCAAUGGCGUCAACGGCGUCGAUCACGAGAAGCGCCCGGAGGAGCAGGGCAUCGAGAUGAGCAAGGAGGAGCUCCUGAAGCACCAGGCGGGUGUCAUCAUCUUCAACGUGCUCUCCGGCCGGCUGCACAAGAAGGCGCGGCUGGAGGUGCUGCUCGACGACGCGUACUGGCCCGCGUUCAGCACGAUCCGCCCGCGCAGCACGAACGCGCAGUGGGAGUACAUCGGCGAGGGCGUCGUGAAGGAGCUCGACUUCAGCCGCGUGUGGCUGCGCCUGAACGAGGCGGACGAGGGCGACAAGGACGAUGUCGUUGCUGAAUGGAAGGGCGACGCGAAGGCGUUCUUGGAGCGCACCUUGGACGGCCCGGCUGACUUCACGCUCGUGGACCCCAAUGAUGAGGACAGGAAGUCCAUCAUCAAGCUCGAGACUCGCUACCUGCCCGUUCCGAUCAAGCUGGAGCCUAGGGAGAGCGUUAACAACCAGGGUAUCCUGCGGGUUGACCUGCUUGACGGCCACAGCAUCCACGCGGCGGACCGUGGAGGCAAGUCCGACCCCUUCGUCGUCUUCUUCCUCAACGGACAGAGGGUGCACAAGUCACAGACCAAGAAGAAGACGCUCGCGCCAGAAUGGAACGAGAACUUCGUGGUGCAAGUGCCUUCCCGCGCAGCCGCGGACUUCCAGCUCGAAGUGUUCGACUGGAACCAGAUCGAGCAGGCGAAGAGCCUCGGCUCCGCCAGGAUCGACCUCUCGAACGUCGAGCCCUUCACCGCCGUCGAGCGCUCACUCUCCCUGUCGCACGACAAGCACGGCGACAAGGGCGAAGUCCGAAUUCGGCUGCUGUUCACGCCCGAGAUCAUCGUGAAGUCCCGCAAGAACACGUCGACGUUCAGCACCGCGGGCCGCGCGAUGACGCAGAUCGGCCACCUGCCCGUCGGCGCAGGCAAGGGCGUGCUGCACGGCGUCACGGGCGUCUUCAAGCGCCGUGGCGAUAGCUCCGGGUCGGACUCGGACUCAGAUCGUCCGGAGCUUCCCGCGGGUGUGGUAUCGAAGCAGGUCGACUAUGCGGCGGAGGGCACGUCGCCUCCGGCAUUCCCGUCUGUGAACGAAGGCGGCGCGCAUAACCAAACCCCCGGUACGCUUCGCGUGGUCGUGAAAGACGCGAAAGACUUGUCGACGUCCGACAUCAAGCCGUACGUCCUCGUGCGGGUUGGUGACAAGGAGCACAAGACGAAGCACUCGGGCAAGACGGCGACGCCUGAAUGGAACGAGUCAUUUGCGUUCGCUGCUGCGCCCGCCACACAGCCGAAGAUGUUCGUGUGGGUAUACGACCACAAAACGCUCGGGAAGGACAAGCUGCUCGGCUCCGCGGACAUCGAUAUCUGGCAACACCUGCAACCAGGAGAGGCCGUCCCGUCGAAGGACCUGACUAUCGAGCUCCGCGAGGGCCAGGGUCUGCUGCAGCUCCGGCUCGAGUACGACCCCGAUACCCCGCUGUCCAACAAGGGCUCGCGCUCGUCCCUGCACUCGAUAUCCGGCGGCGAACGUGCACCGCCCAUCUCCCCCUCGCGAUUCUCCCUCAGCCGGCGGAGUAGGCAGGCGGACCGCGACGACUGAGUAACCCCCACCCUCCCCCACCACCCAACCUUAACUCGGACUUUACUGUCACUGAACCCUGAACCGCACACAACCUUUACGAUACUAUGAUAAUGAUUGCCCGGGCCCACGGACCGAUAUAAUCAUUGCUCUCUUUAGCACGCUUCUUGAUGUACGAUUUACGCACGACCAGCUAUCCCACUCUUGUAUAUCCAUUCAACGCUCA